UUUCCUUGCCUUCUGAUUUGUUAAUGCUAACGAUAGGAUGUAAUGAGACGGAAGCGCUUUGAAACAGUGAAAGAGGGAGAGGAGCAAAGUCAUUGACCGUGUUAAUUCUGACAGUAGCGGCGAGUUUCCCGAACACCCAGGUGGAAGAAAUGGAUUUGGAGAACAAAGUGAAAAAGAUGACCUUGGGUCAUGAACAAGGAGCUGGGGCCCCAUGCCUGAAAUGCAAGGAUAAAUGUGAAGGAUUUGAACUCCACUUUUGGAGAAAGAUCUGUCGUAAUUGUAAAUGUGGCCAAGAAGAACACGACGUCCUCACUGGUAACGAAGAAGACAAGAAAGUGGGCAAACUUUUUGAGGAUACAAAAUACUCGGGUCUCAUUGCAAAAUUUAAAGCUGAUGGAGUCCCUGUUUACAAGCGCAAUAUGGUGACACUCACUAACCCAAUAGCAGCUAAGAAGGAUGUGUCCUUCAACACUGUUACAUAUGAGUGGGCUCCACCAGUUCAAAAUCAAGCUUUGGCUGUGCGGUACAUGGAACUGCUACCAAAGGAGAAGCAGCCAGUGGCUGGCUCAGAGGGAGCUCAGUAUCGAAAGAAGCAGUUGGCUAAGCAGUUGCCUGCACAUGAUCAGGACCCUUCGAAGUGCCAUGAGUUGUCUGUUAAUGAGGUGAAACAGAUGGAGCAGUUUGUGAAAAAGUACAAGAAUGAGGCUCUUGGUGUUGGUGACAUUAAACUCCCAGAUGAGUUGGAAGCACAGUCUAAAGAGCAAAGCAAAAGUGAUAUUGGUGAAAGAAGUAAAACAGCUGCUGUUGGAUCUGUAGCUGGACAACCAGCUAAAAAAUAUGCAUGCUUCCGUUGUAAACUGAACAUGAAGGAGGGUGACCCAGCUGUAUACGCAGAGCGGGCUGGUUAUGACAAGCUGUGGCACCCCUCUUGCUUUGUCUGCUGCAUCUGCAAUGAACUCCUGGUGGAUAUGAUCUAUUUCUGGAAGAAGGACAAACUGUAUUGUGGCCGUCACUACUGUGACACUGAGAAGCCACGUUGUGCUGGCUGUGAUGAGUUAAUAUUCAGCAAUGAAUAUACUCAAGCUGAAGGCCAGAAUUGGCACUUGAAGCAUUUCUGCUGUUUCGAAUGUGACUGUGUCCUUGCUGGAGAAAUUUAUGUGAUGGUGAAUGACAAGCCUGUCUGCAAACCUUGCUAUGUGAAGCUUCAUGCUGCGGUGUGCCAGUGUUGCCAUAACGUCAUUGAUCCGGAGGCCCAACGCGUUACAUAUGGGAACUACAACUGGCAUGCUACACCUGACUGCUUCCUGUGCUCCUGUUGUGGCAAAUGCCUGAUCGGCCAGAAGUUCAUGCCAGUAGAAGGAAUGCUCUUCUGCUCAGUGGACUGCAAGAAGAAGUUGAUGUCUUAAAGAAGGGGCGAGAAUAAUGGCAAUAAAUUUAAAUGCUGAUUUCAACUCUCUUUUUCUUUGAUUUAUACAAUAUAUAGAUUGGUGUAUUGUGAAUUGAGGAAUUGCUCUUUUAUUACAGCAUAUAAGCAUUUGUUAGUGGUCAAAAGUUGUAUUGAAGGGAUAAAUACGUUACAUAAUCAUGCCUAAGGAAUCUAUGUAAUGCAUGUAUUUUUGUGAAGUCACUUCUUUUGCAAAAAGUUCAUUGUAUGCUUCAUGAAAAGUAUCUGUAUGAUCGGAAGAUCAAAGCUGAAAAUCUCAUUAUAAAAAUAUCUGAAAAGGCAUUCCCUUUUCAUACUUAGAAAACACCUAUCCAGGCAAGAUUGGAGCUUGUGUACUUUCUUGGGCUCAGAAUAAAAUUCUACUUGAUCUGUUUUUCACUAAA